AUGAGGUGGUUUUCCGCAAUAGCGUCUCUGGCGCUUUCAAUAUGGACCGUCCAAGGCCUGGAGGUCAAGAUGGACCAGACCGAGGAGAACCGACAAAGAUGUGCUGGCAUGUACAGUAAAUCAGCCUGGGGCGGACCCGUCGACCCUUUCAUCCUCAUAAAGUUCCUCCCUCAGCAAAGCGAUCAAGACCCCAUCGUUAGCCUGGUCGUCUUUGAGUGGAAGGACGAGGAUCUGAUUGGCGUAUAUCCAAGCCCAGAUGCCCCUCAGAAAGUCGGUAUCUGCGAGGAGAAGCAAAUCGAAGACGGGUUCUGCGAAGAGCAGAACAUCGGAGAGUUCAUUCUGGCAGCCAACGCGACGGAGAAAUCCAAGAACCUCAUACUCACCGACGCAGUACAUCUGAAGGACUCUAAGCCGAUCAAAUAUGAGAUCAAGAAGACAGGUUACUACUGCGUGCUUACAGAUAAGUAUACCGCAAACGACUACACUGCCGUCGUCGAAUUCCGCAACGCGUAUGGAGAGCUGCCGGCAACCCAGAUACCCAAGCUGCCAUUCUAUGGAGGAAUAACGAUUCUCUAUGCAUUGGUCGCCGUGUUCUGGGGCUUCCUCUACUACCAGCAUCAUGCGGACAUCUUGGCUGUGCAGAAUUACAUCACGGCCAUCCUGCUAUUCCUCGUUGUUGAAAUGCUCAUGACCUGGGGCUUCUAUGACUACCUGAACCGUAACGGUUCCAACGUUGGGUCAAAGGUUCUCCUGGUCGUAGUCGGCAUCUUGAAUGCUGCUAGAAACUCGUUCUCAUUCUUCCUGCUGCUCAUCGUCUGCAUGGGUUACGGUGUUGUCAAGCCAACCCUGGGCCGCACCAUGAUUUACGUGCGGUGGUUGGCGAUAGCACACUUCGUCUUUGGUCUGGUCUACGCCAUCACGAGUCUUUUGAUUACUCCUGACAGUGCAGGACCCUUCGUACUCCUCAUUGUUCUGCCCUUGGCAGCAACACUGACUGCAUUCUACGUGUGGACGCUCAACUCGCUCAACUUCACCCUCAAGGACCUCCGGGAGCGCAAACAACACGCAAAAGAGGCGAUGUACAAGAAAUUGUGGUGGUGCAUUCUGCUCAGCAUUCUCGUCAUCUUUGCCUUUUUCUUUUUCAACAGCUUCUCAUUCGCCUCGGCGAGCGACCCUGACUAUGUCCCCUUCCACUGGAAAUCAAGGUGGUUUGUCCUCGACGGGUGGCUGAACCUGGUCUACUUUGCGGAUGUUGCAUGGAUUGCUUAUGUCUGGCGGCCCACUGCCAACAACCGUCGCUUUGCCAUGUCGGACGAGAUUGCACAGGAUGACGACGGCACCUUUGAGAUCAACAACAUGGAUAUCGGGGCGCCAGACGAUUCAGAUGAUGAGGAGGCGAACGUUGGCUCGAAGCCAGCCAUCAACACCACGAGAGGAGGUCAAACGAGUGGGGUGGAAAACUGCCAGGCAACACCAAGUGCGCCGCCUGCAAAUGGCAACAGCCAGCGACCACGGGCGUCGCUGGACGGUGAGACCAUCUUCGCCAUUGGAGAUGACGAUAAGUUCUCAGACGACGACGAUGAGGACGCUGGACUGGUGAAAGGCAGCGGCAAAUAA